AUGUUCAACGUGCCACAAACAAUAAUAGAAGUCACGCUUGCUCUAAUUUACGUGUUUGUCCUAUUCAUUAUUAUCUCAUCUAAGCUGAGCGUCUUCAAGAACCCUUUCUACUCCAUGUUUGUGGCGACAGGGAUCGCUGACGUGACAUCUGUUUCACUCUUCUGUUUAUUUCGUAUCAACAGCGAAACUAAUGGCUUGGGUCCACAAUUUGGGCCUCUGCUUCAAGUUGCUAGUGUAAUUGCUUGCUCAUCUUUUGCUGCUCAUAUGUUUGGAAAUAUGCUCAUCGCAGUCAAUCGAUACUCCGCGCUUCGUCUAAAAGAGCGGUACGAAAAGGUUUGGAAUCGAAGAAAUGUACGUCUUAUAAUAGGACUACAAUAUGGCUGUGCCUUUGCAGCUUUCAUUCCCCUAUUCAUAUCAGAAAAUACUUUCAUCCAAAAUGAAGAUGGUACUUACUUGUAUAUGGGUGUUGAUAGACGUAGCGAUCUGGUCAGUUUCAGUUACAACGAGCUAUAUCUUCUCUGCUAG